AAAUAAUUUAUUAAUAAUAAAUAAUUUAUUUAUCUCCAUAAAUGCAGCUGAUCGGACGCGUCACACGAUUCGGAGGCAUGCAUCACAUUUAAGGAUUUUAAAAACUGAUUCUUUUUUUUCAAAAAUGCAUUCGGCAGAGAAGGGAGACUAGUUGCUCACGGGUAGGAAUGAAAGGGAGAAAAGGGUUCAGAGUUGCCUGCGGAAGCGAUGUCGGAGAUGCAGAGACUGUCUCGUACUAAACCUCCCCGCCUCCCAGCACCUCCUGUGUGUCCUCCCGGCCCGUGUAUAUUCUAUAGAAUCCGGAGCUAAGGGGUUUUGGAAGACGAAAGAGCUGAUUUUUUUUAUUUUACAGGUGACAUUUUAUUAGCAGCAUCAUCAUCAUCUUCAUCAUCAUAUCUUCGCCAUACUGUUCAGAAUAUGACCGAAGUGGGUAUCUUUAUUUAACAAAUGGAUAAUGGAGAUGGGGGCCAUAGGAGGAACAGUCCUGUUACCUUGAAUGUCGGCGGCCACCUUUACACCACCACCUUGUCAACCUUGCAGCGCUAUCCAGACUCCAUGCUGGGGGCCAUGUUUCGCGGAGACUUCCCCACAACCAAAGACUCAAAAGGGAACUACUUCAUUGAUCGUGACGGCACACUAUUCCGGUACAUCUUGAACUUUCUUCGAACGUCUGAGCUGACGCUUCCCUCUGACUUUUCGGAAAAAGACCUGCUAAGGAAAGAGGCCGACUUCUACCAGAUCGAACCGCUGAUCGAUUGCCUUCAGGACCCCAUGCCCCUCUACCCUCCCGACAUCUUUGAGCAAAUUGUUGAACUCUCGAGCACCAGGAAACUCUCCAAAUACUCCAACCCCGUAGCUGUGAUCAUCACACAGCUCACCGUCACCGCCAAGGCCCAUUCGCUACGGGAGGGAAUCUGCAAAAACUUCACCAAGUGGAGCAAACACAUGAUGGACACCAGAGACUGCCAGGUUUCCUUUACGUUUGGACCGUGUGAUUAUCACCAGGAGGUGAACCUGCGGGUGCACCUCAUGGAUUACAUCAUGAAGCAAGGCUUCACCAUCCGCAACACGCGCGUUCAUCACAUGAGCGAGCGGGCCAACGAGAACACAGUGGAGCACCACUGGACUUUCUGUAGGCCGGCCCGCAUCGUCGUGGACUGAACCGCGACAGAGCUGGUGCUUCCAUAGUGGAUGGUGGUCAAUGUUAAACAUAUGAAUGCAUAGGUCUUUUGUUUGUUUUGGCCCUAAUCCUAACAGAAUCUAUAGCAAGACAAUUGGUACAUGUACAUACAAUAUACACGGCACCCGAUCUUGACAAAUAAAGUUUAUGGAAAUACACAUAAAUUCAGUUAAAUUGUUAAAUGAUCAUAAACUGCAAGACGGCUAAGUGCAUUGAAACAUAUAUAGAUGGAGAAAUAUAAAUGAACACAUUUUGAUUAGAUACAACAAGGUAUGAUCCAUAAACAGCGAUUAGAUGUGUCUUAAAAUUAGCAUUGAUAAUGACACUGCAUAUUUAAUGUUUUUUUUAGGGCUAUUGCAAAAUACCAUGAAGGUCAUGGUAUGGGUUGUGGACAAAAAAAAAAUUAAAUUUCAGUGUUACUGUUAAGUCUAAUGUGUUUCCAAUUGGUUUAUCUGGUUUUUAUAUUAGUUUCCCUUAACCUGGCUGUGUUGCAUGUGGAUGGUUCUAUGUCUGGUUCUUUGGAUGUAUCGACAUUAUUACGUUACAAAGUAGAACUACCAUUGUUUAUGUUCAUUUUCUCCACAGGAAAAUAAAGAUUUCAUUAUAAUAAU